ACUUAGAUUUGGUAGCAGAAAGCGGCAGGCUAAGUUUGAAGGCCUUGUGGCCUUAAUUUUGAUAUUCGUUGCUGGUUCACAGGCAGCAUGACUUUAUUUCUGUACAUAGCGCUUCUUUAUUGCUGUUCAUCAGCGUACGGGUUAAAAGAUGAUUUGACAUACUAUGAAUUUUUGAAGAAAUCUGAUCUCAAUCGAAGAGUUCGUAGGAGUGUGGACCCACGACCAGCUGCAGCCAUCCACGAAGUGUGGUUUGAAAGCUUUGGAAGAAAAUUUCACCUGCUGUUGAAGCCGUCAGUUCCGCUAUCCAAUGAUUUUAAAGCCUCGGCAAUUCACAAAGAUGGCAGCACUUCAGAGUUUUCGGUUAACAGAGACCUAUUUUUUGAGGGGACUUCCAAAACAGACCCCGAGUCCACCGUUCAUCUUCAGUGGGAGGAUGAUCUUGCCAUUAUCAGCGUUAACACCAAGGAGGAGAGAUACUUCAUUGAACCAUCUUGGAGGCAUGUAUCAGAUUCCUCAGCUGAUUCUAUGAUAGCAUACAGACAGUCGGACAUGAAAUGGAAGCCAGAGGAUUCUACCAUGGGAAUCAGGGAACCACUCUGUAAUGCAUCAAGGGGGACAACUCUUACUGCAGCCGAGAAUUUUGAGGAUGGUCUUCGACUUUUUCCACUGUACAAUGAUGCAGGAAGUCCGCAGAGAAGGAAGCGUCAGGCGAUGUCAUAUGUGGGAACUCACACUGUCUGCCGAUUGGUCGUCGUGGCUGAUUAUUACUUCUACAAAAAUCUGGGUCAGAAAAAUAGAAGAACGACGGGGGAAUACAUCAUUGGGAUUAUAGGUCGUGUGAAUGCCAUAUAUAAAGGAACAGUGUGGCCAGAUUCCAGCUCGAACAUCAGAAAUCUGGGUUUUGAGAUUGCUGAGCUGGUUGUCCACGAUUCCUACACAGAUGUCCCUCCUAAUGGCUUACAUUAUAACAUGAGGAACCGGCCUGCUGACAUGGGACUGCUGCUUGAUAUGUUUGGUUGGGAGUAUCAGAAGUUCUCCACUUUCUGUUUAGCUCACCUGUUCACUUAUCAGUCCUUCCCGGGCAAACUAGGACUGGCCUACAUCGCUUCAUGGCGAGUCACUGAUUUGGGAGGAAUGUGUUCUGCAGUGGCUUACAAAGACAACAGAAAAAUGGCCGCCAACACAGGUCUGAGUACGUACAAAAACCCGGAUGGAAGUCAAGCUCUCGUACACCAAGCAACCAUUACCACAGCACAUGAAUUCGGUCAUAACUGGGGUAGUGAACAUGACCCUGACACUGAUUCCUGUGCCCCGUCUUCAUCCUCCGGAGGUCGUUUCAUCAUGUACCCAUCGGCUGUGUCAGGAUACGAAAAAAACAACCAGUAUUUUUCUCCCUGCAGUCGACAGUACAUCUACAAAGUUGUCAUGAGGAAAGGAUACGACUGUUUUGAAGAGGCCUCGUCAUCAGGCCAAGGAUUGUGUGGAAAUGGACGGGUUGAUAGAAACGAGGAAUGUGACGCUGGUUACACAGGGGACAAGUGCUGCAACGAAAAGUGUCAAUUUCGCGUCAAGGUUCCUGGUCAGAUCCAGUGCAGUCCCAUGAAUUUCGCCUGCUGUGUGAACUGUACUGUGGCUCCUCGAGGGUAUAGAUGUCUGGAUAAUGUGGAUGAUAAUUUUGACUGUAAAGGAACAUCACACUGCGAUGGGUCCCGCCUGACUUGUCCAAAUGCUACGUUUAAACUGGAUGGUACUCCGUGCCAUAAUGGAUAUGGCAAAUGCAAAAACGGGAGAUGUUUAGAUGCCUGCAGACAAAUAGGCCGGAACCCUUGCCUCUGCACAGGUGACGAUGCUUGUAAGAAAUGCUGCUACAAGCCAAACACCGAGCUUUGUGAACCUCUGUCAGAACAAACUGUGGAGGACGGACGACCAUGUUAUAAUGGCUUCUGUAAAAAGGGAAAAUGUGAAAAAUCUGAGUCCAAACUUGUGCAGAGAUUGUACUCCAUCAUCCAGUCUCUCAGCAUUGACAGAAUAGCGGAGUUCAUGAAGAACAAUAUCGUGUGGAUCGUCUUCUAUUUAACCAUCCCAUUGUGGAUUGCCGGUUCUGUCUUGGUGAACAAAUUGGAUAAAAAAACAGAACAGGAGGAUGAGAAAUCCCGAGGUUCAAAACGAGACGAGGAAUUGCGAAUGAAAGUCUUAUUAGCAGAAAAUGAAAAUAUACGGCGCACAAGCAGACGACUAAAUUCAAACAACGUACAUAGUGCUUAGAUCAUAGAGAAUUUAUACAGCAUCUGUACUCUCUCUUAAUCCUUUCUGAUGGCUACCAGUCUUCCUUCUCAGGGCUGUGAUUCGCAAUGACCUUCAGGAUUUUCAUUCGACUCUUGAUGUCACCAUAUUCUACACCAAUUUACAUUUUGACAUCAUAUAUCUCAGACCACAAAAGUUGUAAGAUGAUACACUUCCUCAUUAUGACCGAGUGUCUGUCGGUCUGUUUAUCCGUCUGUAGAAAAAGGCAGUUUAUUCAGGGUUACUUAUCAAAUAUCCCUUGGUAUUUUUUUCUGACAUCCUAUCAAUAUAACCUGUGGUGAUCCUUGCCGGAUAUUGAUUUUGUGGGUUGGUAUGUUCAAGGUCAUAUCUUAGCAAUACUUUAUGAACUUUAUGUAUGAGAAGGGGAUGUGUGUCCGAAUUUGCUCAAUACUCUCUCUUGUAUGUGUAAGAAUCUAUCUAAGUAGAAAACUCACUAUUCAUGGCCUACAAGUUAAAUUUGAAGCUGCACAAUUUACAAAUUGCCUGUUAUGCUAGAACAUUUGCGUUCAAAUCUCAAUGAACAUAAUUCUGUCAAUGGUUGUAAGAUUAUGCAUGCAUGUAAUAUACUGAAGAAUGUGAGAAGAAUAUUUGGAGAGAGAGAGAGAAAUAUACAAUCUGUGCUUUAAAAAUUUCUUCUUUAUCAGUAAUUCAUGUAAAUUAUGCAAAUCUUUUGUUACUCAAGCUAGUAUUUCUAAUACUGUGCUAAAAAUAGACACAUGUUUGUACUUGAUUUACCCAUUAUUUUAUCUAAUGUACAUGUACCUGUUAGGUUGUGUGGUAAUUAUAUUUUAUACAACUAUAUUUUAUGUAAAUGGAUUGUUUUUUUUAUUACAGUAUAACAUGGUUACAGUGAAUAUGCUUAUAAUGAAAUCACACUUACAGGGAAGUGAUUUUAAUUCCAUUUAGUUUUAAACAUAUUAUGGAGUUAUUGGAUAUUACUAAUUCAAUACAUUUAUAACAAAUUAAAAUUUUCUGUCCC